UAUAAACGCAAGAAACGGUCGUUGACGUUUAGUUUCCAAAAUGGCGCGAAAAAUUACGUUGUUGUUGAUUUUGAUGAUGGUAGUGUGCCUUGUCUAUGGUGCGGGGUCAGAUUGUGAGCUUCCGAAAGUUGUUGGCAAUUGCAGAGGCAGAAUCCGGAGCUUCUUCUUCGACAUGACGAGCCGGCAGUGCCGCCCGUUCGUGUACUCGGGCUGCGGGGGCAACGGCAACCGCUUCUACAGCCGCGACGAGUGCCAGUUCGCCUGCCACUACUUCAUGAAACUCGAGCCUAAAAACUGGUAG